AUGCUGGGAAAGCUUGCGAGAUCCCUGUGUCCUGAGAAGGACAGGAGGAUCCCUCGCCCUAUUUUUAACUUUGAGGGUGCUGGUGGGGUUGCAGACGUGGAGCCUGCCCGUCGGACCAUUCCUUGGGUAAACCUUCGGAGGGUUUUACGUGUAGGCUUCUGGAAUGUCCUAAGCCUCUCAGAGAAUCAACGACUGCCUCAGCUAUUGGAUGAGCUCAGUAGGCUGAGGGUGGAUAUGGUGGGACUCUCUGAGACAAGGAGGACUGGCAGUGAUGAGACCAGUAGCAAGGGUUUUACUUACUAUUGGUCUGGCAUGAGCAAUUGUCAUUAUGUCAAGGGGGUAGCCAUAGGCGUCUCCAGCAGACUGCAGCCGUCCGUUGUAGAGGUUACUCUGGAUAUUGAGCAUAUAAUGAGACUAAGGCUGAAGCACAGUCUACACUUCAUGUCUGUUGUUGCAGUAUACACUCCUACCGAGGUGAGUGAAACUGAAGAAAAGGAGAUGUUCUAUGCCAAACUCGACUCUGUACUGUGUCCCUGUCAUGAUGCACUUAUUAUUUUGGGCGACUUUAAUGCUGUCACUGGCACUGAGAGAGCCAGCUUCGAGUUAUAUAUUGGUCCUAAUGGCUCUGGUACCAGGAACGACAACAGCUCUUUCCUUCUGAAUCUUGCAAGAUCCAGAGGGUUGAGAAUUGCUGGUUCCUGGUAUCAGAGUCCAGCGCUGCACCACUGGACUUGGUGUAGCAAUGCCGGAGGGGUAGUGAAGGAGAUCGACCAUAUCCUUGUUAGUACUCGUUGGAGGAUCCUUCAGAACUACAGGGUUUUUCGGAGUGCUGACUUCUUUGCAACUGAUCACAAGCUUGUUGUUGCUACACUCAAGCUGCAUGUCAAAUCCAGAAAGCCUCUAAGAAGAGAAUGCAGUGACAGUCUCCAAUCAGUUUGGAGGCUUGACACCAUCGAGAACCCGGUAGAACUAUGGGAAACCUUCAAGCGUGAGACUUUUGAGGCUGCCAAGGAAUGCGUUGGGGAGCGCUCAAGAUCACAUAGGGGCUUAGCCUCAGUAGAGACGCUGGACAGUAUUGAGGAGAGUCGCGCUGCUAGACUAGCUGACAACCGCAACCAGUACAGGGUUCUGUCUCUUGGGACUAGAGCUCUCCUGAGGAGAGACAAGGAGAGACUAGAGGCACUGCACGAGGAGGCAAAGUCCCUGGGACUCCAGGUUUCCUGGCCCAAGACCAAGGUUCAGAUGUUUAGAGGCUUACUGCAUGAAACAGUACAGUCUGUCCGUGCAUGUGGCGAGGACAUUGAGAUCUUGGAAAAUUUCACAUACCUUGGUUGUGUAAUGCGUAACGACGGUGGGUCGAGCCACGAAGUUUUGACUGCCUCUCGAGUCUUUAACUUGACUGUCAGCGUCCUGCGGCUCCGGCUCUGGUCUUCCUAUGACCAGCCUGAUUACUUCAUGGAACUGUCCUAA